AUGAACUACGCAUACUCAUUGACUAGGCCAAAUAGACUAUUGACCAUCUCAUUACCCGACAAACGACCCCUCAAGAAAGCUCUAGGCUUUAUAGAAGACACAUACUUAAAUUUCACAGAACUCACAACAAAAUAUAAAUACCCUACUGAAGAACAUACAGUGACAACAGAUGACGGGUACAUCUUGCGCGUGUUCAGGAUUUUACCGAAAUGUAAUGGCACGAGCAAAGCUUUACCGGUAGUGACAAUGCAUGGAAUUUACGACUCGUCUGAUGAGUAUAUACUUCCUGGACCUAAAACAGGUCUCGGGUACAUCCUGUCGAGGAACUGUUACGAUGUGUGGGCAGCUAACCACCGCGGCAACGUGUACUCGCGCCGACAUGUUCAUCUCAAUCCUGACACGGAUCCAGAGUUUUGGGAAUACACCUUCGACGAACACGGCUAUUUCGACAUUCCUGCAAUUGUGGACUACGUUUUAGAAGCCACUCAACAAACAAAAUUAAAUUAUAUCGGACACUCACAAGGUACAACUGACUUUUUGGUCAUGACGUCUUUGAGACCGGAAUAUAAUGACAAGAUACAAAUAUCCUUCCAAAUAGCUCCUGUGGCCUAUUUGCGACAUAUACGAAGUUUCAUCCCUAAAUUAUUAGCUCAAGCGCACGCGCCUCUAGGAACAAUUUUAAAACAUUUAGGUUUAAGAGAGUUGCUAGGAAGACAACAAAUUGUCCAUUUCGUGAUAGAGUUUUUGUGUCAGUUUGCUCCUGAAGAUAUAUGUGGUGCUGGAUUCGCAUUGACGACGGGAUAUAAACGAGGUUACAUAAAGCCUAGAAACUUAGCCGUUGUGUUUGGACAUUUAAUAUCUGGCAUAUCAACUAAAGACUUGAUUCAUUUCAGCCAACUUAUUACCUCUGGAAGAUUUCAACGGUUUGACAAUGGAAUGGCAGGAAAUUUGAAAAAAUAUAGCUCGGUAAUUCCUCCAGAGUAUAAUGUGUCUAAGAUAACAUCGGCUGUUGUGUUGAUAUGUGCUCGCAACGAUUAUGUGUCCGAAUUGGAAGACAUUGCCAUAUUGAGAUCGAAAUUGCAGAAUGUCGUUGAAUAUUAUGUUGCGCCGGACCCGUACUGGAGCCACAAUGACCACUUUUACGCCAUAAAAGCACCGCAGUUAGUAUUUUCUAAGAUUUUGGAACAUCUGAAUAAGGUUAAUGUUUAAAUGUUUUACCAAGACGUACGUCCUGACGCUUGAACAAACACGUAACAUCAUCGGCCCCAUCGUUGGUUAAAAUCAGGUGAGAUUACGAAAAAAACAUUAUUCAAUUUCAUAUUUUAAAAAGUAAAAA